CCCCAUUCUAUAAAAUCUACACCAUCGUCUAAAGGCUCUCCUUUGACACCAUUACAAUUUAUGCGGCGUGCAGAUCCAGAGACGUCUUACCUACGUCCUAUGACGCCUUCCAAGCCUCCUGCGGCUCGUUCACGGACCAAGGCAUACACACCUGCUCGGAAUACUAUCUGGCGGCCAUGAUUAGGGUAUAUCAUUAUCUAGGACGGUUUUCAUCGUGUAUUUUUUUCUGCUAAGUUAUUCGCCAUGGGACGAGACAAUACUCGUUCAAGGUUCUGCAUCAUAUACGUAAAAUUUGACAUUAUCGCAUAGUAUUUGUUUUCGUCUUCGCUUUCUACGUAUUAGUACAACUGCUACAUCAUAAUAAUGUAUCCUCCAAAAGGCAUCUACAUAAGAAGUUUUUUCAGGCAAAUACGAUCGGGUUUCUCCGCGAGUACUUGUGGCUGUGCAUCUAUGCCCCCAAUUCACCGUCUUCGCGCUGCAGCCUUCAUUGGCAUAGCUGGCGUCGGUGCCCUGUACUUUUUCUAUUCGUCACCUUCCAAGUCAGCUUCCACACUUACUGACGAGCCACUAUCGCCAUCGCACUUCACACCGGCGUCCGUGACAUCCACAGAAUCCUGUGGACCCAAUUUCCGACUCAUCACCCUUACCGUUCCACCCAAGCUUGUUCCGCCAAAGUCAUCCUUCUCAAGGAUAUGGUCUGUCUUCAUCAAAGACGAUGAUAUCCAGGUAGAGCGCCCGUAUACGCCUUUGGAAGGCAUAGACGAGCAUGGGAACAUGAAAUUUUGGAUCAAGAAGUAUCCUAAUGGUGAAGUGGGUCGAUGGCUUCAUUCCAAGCAAAUAGGCGACAAGGUCGAACUCCGUGGACCUCUGCAAACGUGGUUGUGGAAAGACGAUGCUUGGGACGAGGUGAUCAUGAUAUCAGGAGGCACGGGUAUCACGCCUUUCUACCAGCUCCUGCAUUCAACAUUUCAAAAUGCACCAUCAAAAACGCGCUUUACGUUGCUACAUUCGUCGCGUUCUCCGUCGGAGCUUCCUCCGCCAGAAAUUCUCGUGCCGCUGAUUGACCAUAGCCGCACGAAUCCAGAACGUUUCCAGAUGAAGAUAUUCGUGGAUGAGAUGGAGAAGGAAAGUCCUCUUGGCUUGAUGCCACAAUUGGGGCGCAUAGAUAGACAGGCUAUUGAGGGCUGUCUGGGAUACAAAACGUCGUGGUGGCAUAAUCUCUUCCGGAAGCAACGACAGGCUCAGCCUUCAUCGAGAGUCUUGUUCCUAGUUUGCGGCCCGGAACCGAUGAUUGGUGCUAUUGCUGGCCCAUACGGACGCAACUAUUCUCAAGGACCCGUGCUUGGUGUUCUCGGAGGACUUGGCUUUACUUCAAGUCAGGUGCGGAAGCUAUGAAACCAUAGACGACGACCGCCUUGCAAUGGCGUGGUGAUAAUACAUCAUUCGACUUGGAAACGGACACCAAUAAACUUCGUUCUUACCUGGAAGGUAUCAUGCGUGGGCUUCAUAACUAGUCCGGUAUAAUCUCAGUCUAUUAAGAGGGUUCACAUUUCAUCAUGGGCAUUGAAGAGUCCGCUAGACGCCCCGUCCUGUUCAAUGCAUGAAUAUACAAGUACGGCUGGUAUAACUAGAUUAUAGAUACUUAUAUUCCCCCAGAAAAAAAAAAGUUCAAAUGAAAGUGCAAAACGACAGAAAGCUAUGCGAUAUGCUGGCAAAAGAAAAUUGAACGUACACAAAACCAUCACUU